AUGUGCAAGGACGUGUUCGAUGUGUGCUUCGCCAAGGGCGAGAAGAUGAUAAUCUUCUGUGACAAUCCCUUCCCGCAGUACACAUGCGAGCUAGUUUUCGACACGAUCGGAGAACCCGCGUACAGCAUCAGGGCCCUUCAUUCACCAUCGGAUCGCGGCGCGACUAUUGCCAAGUUCAGCGACCCGAAGGACCCGGUUAAGGACCUGUUUGCCAACUCAAAGACCGGCGCAGUGCCCAUUAAUAUCCAGCAUGCCUGCCACCGUGUGCUCAUCAUGGAGAUGCCCACCUCGUUCAACCUACUGAUGCAAAUAAUCGGUCGGCGCUGGAGGAUGGGGCAGUCCGAGGCCGUACAGGUUAAAGUCCUUGUUACGGACCACACCUACGACCAGAUGCUGCAGCACAGGGCCACCAAGAAAAUAAUGGCGCAGCUGGCCGGAACGGCGAACCUGAACAUCGACACUGAGGAGGUCAAGGAGGCAAUGGACGACCCGGACGCGCUGAGCGACACGGACGAGUACAAAGACGACUAUUGUCGAACUCGCGCUAAACUCAAGAACGACCGCACGUCCAAGAUGAUCACGGAAAUGUUUGGCCAGCACGCAUCUCGACACUGGCCCGAGUGGGGCAACAGCCGCGACCCCAGGGCGAAGGAUCACGCACCUGGCGAGGUCAAGCACGGCAGGUUCCGCAACAAGAAGAAGUCGGCAGUCCAGACAACUCUGAACCUCAUGCCAACUCCAGCUUCUGCGGCCUUAUAA